CUUUCAUCUUUCACAUUCGUACUUAUGUUAACUUCCUGUAAAAAUCCAAGAUGUCAACAUAUUUUGACUUUCGUUCCUGAUUGCUCGUAAAUUAGUUGAUAUAUUGUGUUUAAUUGUUCGUUACUCAGGGCUGGUAUGAAUGAGGGAGGUCAUUGAGGAGUUGCACGAGUUUGACACCAUGUACGACACACCAGUCAGUCUCCAUAACUGCUGUAUUGACUUCAUCUGUGACAAUUUGAGCCAGCUAUGCGAACCAGGAAUAACGGAGCUUGGCGAUCCCAAGCUUAUGUUCAAGGAGCAAGAUAUGUAUUUCCAACACCAUCUGUCGGAGAAACUUUUGGAAACUCUGUGCGAAAAAGGGAAACUGACAGAUGAGACUCUGACACUAUUUGAUCCAAAUGUUAUGAAUCUUAGACAGGUUUGUAUACGUGAUGCACAAUUGAGUACCAAAGGUUUACGGACGUUGAAACAGCAUAAGAUUUCUGACCUUGAAAUAACUGGUUUGAAAAGUGUUACAAUAAACGAUGUGAUAGGUUGUCUCGGAGAAUGGACUCUGACGAAUUUACGCUCACUCAAUGUUAGCAAUAGCACCUUUCUGAACAGUACGACAAAAUUCUGUGUUAUGGUAUCGCUGUCCAAGCUGCGUAACUUAGUCAGUCUGAACGUAAGUCGAACACAGUUCAACAAACAUGGCUUGGAAAUAAUCGCCGAGGAUCUGCCAAAGCUUGAAAAUCUGGAUAUCUCUGACACUCAUAUAGACGAUAUAUCAGCUUUACGAAAAUGCAAAGAUAGGUUAAGAUAUUUAUCAAUGUACUGUCUUCGAGCGGCGCAGACUUGUGAUAUGGUACCUGUGCUGUGUGAACUCACGAAACUUGUGCAUCUAGAUGUGUCUGAUGACUCAAGUGUACAAACUAUUCUCUCGACAAAUCCAUCGCCAAAGUUCAAAAUUUUCGACCUGUUGUCUCGUUCUGCUUGUCUACCUCACCUAACAUCUCUUGACAUGUCGGGAAAAGAUGGAGCAACAGAGGAGGUGCUACUAGAGUUUAUACAGAGUCACAAUCUGAGAUUCAUAGGCCUGUCCCUUACUCAAGCUUGCAAGUUCUGCAUAUUUAUGGACACAGACAGUUCAGUGUUCCAGCAGGAACUUGUGGUGACAGGAGAAGCCAGUGAAAAACAAGUAACAGAGUCAUUGAAACGUUACACAACACGGCAACUUUAUAUGCAGAAAUCUUUGUACACAUUGUUCAGUCUAACUCAAGAAAUGUAUAUACCUAGAGAAGACAUUAUCAAGUUAGUUCUACCGGCAAUGAAGUUACAUCCUCGCACACUGGGAGUACAGAUGGCAGCAACAGCUUGUCUAUAUAACCUGUCAAAAGCUGAACUUGGUCAGAAAAUACAUCCACGUUGUUUAAAAGAGAUUAUUGAACUGACGCUGUUGGCUAUGGAAAACUUUCCCAAUCAUCAACAGUUGCAAAAGAAUGCUCUGCUGACAUUAUGCAGUGACCGUAUAUUACAAGAUGUACAGUUUGACCGCUACCGGUGUGCUAGACUGGUUAUGGAAUGUUUAUGUUUGUUUGACGACCCUUCCAUGAACAGGAUGUCAGUAGCCAUAUGCUCUAUACUAGCAGCAAAAAUUUCUACUCAGAAAACCUCUCAGCUAGGUGCUAAGACACGCUACAUGAAGAAAAUGCUGCAGCUUGUUCGUCAGAAGAUUGAAAACAACAUUGUUGACAUUACUCUGAAGUUCACACUCAGUGCCCUGUGGAAUCUAACAGAUGAAUCUCCUGCGACAUGUAAGGUGUUCCUGAGUGAAGGUGGACUUGACCUCUUCAUGACCACAUUACAAGUUGUCAGCACCAUGGAAGUGGACACGAGGGUACAAGUGGAAACUAAAAUCCUAGGCCUCUUGAACAAUAUUGCCGAGGUGAAGUCGUUUAGAAUGGCUCUGAUGAGGGAAGAUUUUCUCAUGAUUGCAAAGCGUCUGUUACAAGCAGAGCAGAUUGAUGUGAGUUAUUUUGCUGCUGGUAUAGUUGCUCAUCUAGCAAGUGACGGAGCUCAAAACUGGUUAAUUGCUGGUACAGACAGGGCGGACAUACUUCAGGAAUUGUAUAAUGUGGUGUUAAAAUGGAAGCAGCCCAGUGGAGAAAUGGUGGCAUACAGGUCAUUCAGCCCAUUUGUUCCAUUACUGAGGUCUAGAGAUAUGCCUGCAGUUCAGCUGUGGGCAGUGUGGGCUAUUCUGCAUGUCUGUACAAAGAAUGCGGAGAAAUACUGUGCAAUGUUACAGGAAGAGAAUGUAAAUGAGAUACUCGAGACAGUUAUAUGUGAACCUGGCGUAGAUAUGAAUGUCAAAAAUAUAGGCCAGAAAGUUGUUUCCCUUGUUGUCACCGGCAACAGCACAGUCGCAGCAACAGAUAGUAUUAAAAACUGAUUGUUGGAUUAUUUCAUUAGUUAGUUCAUACAAUAGGGAUGUUUAGAUUAAUAGUAACAUCAACGAAUCAUGAACAGAUCGUUCACAAUGUGAUCAUCAACGCAAAUUUUCAUAGUGAAUUCUUCUGUCGUAAAAAUUUACCUAGAUUUUGCUUAAUCCAGUGUUAUAUAUCCAUUUCCUGGACAGAAUUGACAUUCUUUACUUGUUUAUUAAUAUGCAUGGAAAAAAUGGUAUAGUCGUACUUCGUUCACUCGAACUUGACAGGACCGUCUGAAUUUCUUCGAAGUAUCAGCAGUUCGAGCUAUCGAACAAUAUACAUUAUACAGGGAUUUUGCUGGGACCUGGUGAUUUCAAGUGAAGGGUAGUGCUUGAAUUAUACGAGUUCAUAGAAAGAAGUGUGACUGUAUAAUGUUAUUAGAAUUUGACCAGUCAUGGGCAUUAUAGUCCAGAUUAGAAAAUACCGAGUUGUUUUGGUGUCCAGAGCCAUUGUUAAAAAGGGUAUAGAGUAAAUGCAGAGCUCCAGAUAAGAUGCGUAUUAGCGUAAAUUACACUUUGAAAUAAUGCAUAUAUGCAUGUCUGCUAAUUUUUUAGCGUAUAAAAACGUACAUGAAAUUACAGAAACGCAUGCAGUGACUUUUUACUAGCGUAAACAAAAUCUUAAUCGUCUGGAUGCUUUACAUAACAGAGUUCGAUCGGCAUUCAUUCUGCCACAUUGAAAGUACACAGGCAUUGAAUGGUACUCUAUAAACCUAGGUUAAACUAUAUUAUUCACUCAGUGCGUGAAAAAUCAAAUUGUUGGGAAUUAGCAUUGAUGGUAAGGUAGUGUAUUUUAAAGCGGUGUCAAUUUAAAAUAUCAACUUCGGUGUGGAGUAAACAACAACAUGUCUCUUUCUAAGAAUGUAUGAAGUGAACAAAUGUGCUACGCAUUCUUUAAACCAACAAAAAAUGAUUCCCAAAACAUGGUUAAAGGUAUAUUGAAUAAUCUAUUGGAUUUGGCAGUGAGUGUGAAGCCAAAGCAAGCCAAUGGAGAAAAAAAAGCAAAAACUUGAAUGCUGAAUUGAAACUGAACUGCAAACAAAGUCAUGGGUGUUACACCCAAUAGAUAUGUUAUAAAACUGAUUUCUGUUUUUUUCUCAUUUACAAAUUUUCAGGAGUAAAAUUACUCCUAGUCAGUUUCAGAUUUUACCAUUUUACUCAUUCGCAAGAGUUAUGAGUAAAUACUCUUAGGCCAAAAAAAUUAUCUGGAGCUCUGUAAAUGUGGUAUUAAUUUGGGAUUUUGUGACAUAUGUUGAUGUUAGAAAAUGGGAAGCGUACUAUAGCUUUUUGUGGGGUUGAAACUGGUUAAAUAUGGUAUCAAGAGUAAAGAUAUAAAAAAGUGAAAGAUCUCUUAUUGAUUAUAACUUUUAUAAUGCAUGUAUGUGAAAAUUUUGACAGUAUGAUUGUUCAGCAAUUUAUUUAUAUAAACACUUGUGUAGCCAGACAGAUAUACAAUGUAUAAAAAAGCCGUUUUCUGUGUUUGAAAAAAAAAGAAACAUGACAUAAACUAGAAGAAACUUAGCUUUAUUCUACAGCUGAUCCAAAAAUAUUGACUUAAAUAUUACAGAUUUCUAUUUUGAAGAUGUUGCUAUCCAUUUAAAAUAUAUAUAUAUAUAUAUAUUGAUUUCCUUGCUUUAAUACUCUUUUUGUUUUGAGCAGUUUUGCUUCAAUAAUGAAAGGAUGUCUGAUAAGUUCCAUUAUGUAGGUGUAGGCAGGUUAGUUAGUAGAUGACGCUAUUGAAUGCAGUUUGACCCAGUUACUGCAGUGAUACACAAGGCUUCAUAUCUGGCUCAUAGACUUAUUUAGUGAUGAUUUUAAAGUCUGAAACUUCAACAAUGACAGAGCAAGUUAAAGUCAAGUCUAAAUUUCUGAUUGAUAAUUUAAUAAAUAUGAUCGAAGUUUAGAGAUUAGAUCACAAGCAUUGAAAAGAACCUGAUCACAUGUCUAUUAUUAUCGAAUGUAAAUAUGUGAAAUGCUAAGUCUUGAAAUUAAGUUUGCAAGAAUCAGCUGUUUAUAUUGUUUGACAUGAAAUACCCAUAGCUUCUGUAAAAAGUUGCCUAUAUAUUUAUCACUGAGUAUUUACCAAAGUCAUUUUUUCUUCCACAACAUUUCAAUAUGCUGCAUUCAUUUCUUUUCAUUAUAAACCAUUUUAGUUUGCAACCUUCUUAGACGAUCACAUUUAUCAGUUUUCUGUAUCAUAUAGCUUGUUUGUUCUAUACAUGUAUUUAAUUGUAUCAUUUGUUGAAACAUCCAGAUUUGUUUUUUAGAAUGUAAUAAAUUCAGCAUUAAGUAUUUAACAAUGCAAUAUAUGUAUCAGAUAUCUGAAAUGAUUAUGGCAUGCAGAUAUACGAUGCUGGAAAUAAUUUUUCUACAUUUUUGCGAAUUAUUAUGUGACCAGAAAGUGUUUGUUUUCUAAGAGAAAAAUGGGGUUAUUAUAACAGUAGCUUGAUCUGGGAUGCAGUAUUCGGCUUGAGUGAAUUUUGCCAGAUCGGAUCUCACGAGACGCGCAAGCGCCGAGUGUGAUCCAACCUUGCAAAAUCCACGAGAGCCGAAUACAAAGUCCCAGAUCAAGCUACUGUUAUAAUGACCCUUUUAUUAUAUACCUUUACCAUUUUGAUUCUUGUUUUGUUCUUGAACGAAAUUGUCAGUGUUUAUCGAUAUUAAAUGGAACUUAGUGAAGUUUUUAUGUGCGCUAUUUAUAGAACUGUGUCAGGUUAUGCAUAUUAAUGAAAAAAGUCCGGCAGCAUAUAAUACGGAAGAUACAAUACGGAAUUCAAAAGGUACAAUACAGAAUUUUUGUCUGUCUGCUCAUAUUUAAUUGUGAAAUACAAGCCGAUUUUUUACAGAAUUUAUAUAGAUAUAUAAUAAAAGCGAAUACUGUCUGUUUAAGUUAAAUAUUUAACAUGAAAAUAUUACAUUUAGUGGUUAUAAAAUUCCGUGGUUUUUACCUAAACGGCAGUCUUGUUGCAAUCUGAACUCAUUGAUUUCAAGUUUUGAAGAUAAAAUGGAUAGAAAUUGUACAUGUUCGUUUGGAUUAAUUUCGUAGAUUGACACAACCCCGAAAUCAUCAAAAAUUAGUCAUCCACAAAUAUUAAUGAUUUCACAGUAUAGAUUAUUUGCUUGGUACUGGGAAAUAUGUGCGAGUUCUAAAGUACACAAUAUUACUCUGAAAAGGAGAAGAGCAUAUUUCUUGAUGUGUAACUAAUAGACCUUUUUUAACCUACUAAUAUACACCUGUAUAUCAUUCUUUAUUUGUCUUUUAGACCGAGUUAAGUUGAAAUUUUCAUUGCUGAUUAAUUUUUUAACAUGAAAAAAAAACCAAAAAAACAUAAAUUUAAGUGACAUCUUACUUUUUUCAUGCAUACAGUACAAAAUUUACAAAUGUCAAUAAAAAAUUCAGGCUGUCUAGCGUCCCUAAAAUUCCUGCUUUUUCCUAUUUUUUUUUUCAAUUUGGCUAAAAUUCCUAUUUUUUUAAAAAAAUCAAAGGAAAUUCCUAAAAAGGCCCUAUUUUUUCACAAAAAUUCCUAAUUUUUUAAUGUUUUUGCAAUGAUCAAAAAGAGAAAAUGUUUUAAAUGUUGUUUAAAAGUUCUUCUAAUUCAGAAAAAAACAGUUUAGCACAGUUCAAAGCAGUUUACCAGUGGUAGACGUCUUUUCUGUAAAUAAAGCACUAUUUGUAAGUUAUUUUAUGUCAAUCACAUAAAGGUAAGCACAUUACAUGGUCUUUAAAGUCCAUAUUUUAAUUUGAAAAUUCCUAAAUUUAGCCCUAAAAUUGUACCAAAGUCCUAAUUUUAGCCCUAUUUUUUUGUACAAAUUGCCCUAAAAUUAGCCCUAAUUUUUUGUCAGGGUAUGCUAGACAGCCUGAAAAUUUCCACCUCAACCUCGUAUUAUCCCCUACAUCAAUAAAAAAAAAGAGGUUUUUAUUGAUCUGGGGAUGAUAUAGGAGUGUGAUGGAAUUCAUCCAGCACCUGUGUCAGUGCUGAUAAAUACACAUGUAAGGGGUUCUACUGUAAAAAUGCAUAUGUAAUAAUGAGCUUGUCAAGUACAUGUAGUAUGCAAACUUGUACUUAAGAAAGAUUUUUGAUAGAAACCCCACUUUAAUUAUUGUUCAAUUUAGUAUGAUGGUGUGACAUAAGAAGGUGAAUUUUGCAAUUCUUAUAAAUGAAAGAAAGAAAACUGUACAGUUAUAUGUCAGUUGAAUCUAAUCUAUAGGUUUACAGAUUUCUUGAAUAAUUAGUGUGUUGAUUUUUCAACUAAGUAUAGACUUACCGUAGAUACCCAUGUAUAAUGCGCAGUUUUUUUACCCCCGGGACCACCCGCGAAUCGUGGGUGCGCAUAAUAUACAGGUAUAGACAAUUUUCUAACUUCAAAACAAGUUUGUUACCGAUGUCCGCCAUUUUUGUAAAGGGAAACUACUCCCCGCGCUUACUGUCACCGCUAAAAUCUAAGAUUGCCGUUACGUUCCGUAAAAGAUCGAUGGUUUAUUUUUCUUUCAAACAAAAUUAAUUUCAUAUAAAUUUAGAAGUAUUUUGAUGAAAGAAAUGUUUAUAAAUCACAAAAAUUAUGAUACUAAUUAAAGAUUGAGAAUUAUCUUUAACCGAGAUCAAACUGUGAACAACAUAAUUGACACGAGGUGACACGUUAAUUGCCGGUAAUUAUUGGCUAUUUGUUUGUGACAAAAAGACUAUCACACCUUUUGUUAUUGGUCUGAAUUGAGAAGCUCAUGUCAUUUUGAAAAAUACCAUUACGAAAUAUUAAAUCAGCUGCUGUUUAUUUAUUCAAAAUAGUUAAUUAAAAAGGUAAAACAACAAAUAAAACAAUAUUUUAUUGGUUUUAUUUUCGAGAAAACAAAAAUCGAUAGUACCGUGAGACCGAUACUGCUCUCCACCGCGGAGAUAAAAUUUAUUACCAGUGUCGAUGUAAACUCUACUUUCGUUUUCCAUCCACCUCAAAAUUGACCAAAAAAUUAUUUUUUUUUUCCCAGGAUUUCGGGCCAAAAUCGGGGAUGCGCAUAAUACACGGGUGCGCAUUAUACAUGGGUAUCUACGGUAUGUUAGAUUACAAAAUACAAUAAAACUUAUUUAUAACAGACUUCGCUGUAGCAAAUAUUCAGAUAUAAACAAGACAGGUCAAUAUCUAGUUUUGCUUUUCGCUAAUCUGUAUUUGAUUGAUAAAAUGAAGUCGGAUUUAGUAAAGUCGCAAAAUGAAAUUUCAAGUAUCGGAGUAGGAGAGUUCAAACUAUAUUUACCAGGUUUGUUAUCUCUUCAGUGAUUUAUGAAUUGUUCAUUACAUGAACUUCGGUUAUAAAAAUAAAUUUGCUGUCCCGAUGAGUUCACUAGAUCCAAGUUUUACUGUAUUAAUAUUCACUUAUUUAGCUUUACAGCUGAAUUUCUCUUUUCUGGUUAAACUUGAAAGUGGAUAUACAGUUACUAUUAAUAUAUAUAGUUUUUUGUUGUAAAUGUGAUAUGAAAUUAUGAUGAAAUUUGUUAAUUUGUUUGUAGACUCAUCUUCUGCAAUAAGUGCUGAUAAAAAUGCCCACAGAAAUAAGUAUCUAUGCACAGUACAAGAUUUUCAGGUUAAUGUUACGUACAGUAGCAGUCUUGUUGGGUCAUGUGCUUGGUUCAUGCAGUGUGAUAGGUUCUUAUGUUGAUUUGGGAUUUAUGGUGCACCACCCUGGUACAGGUUAAUUUGGCACCAAACAGGACUAAAAUUUUGGUUUCAGAUCUUAUUUACUAUGAAAGUAAAGUACGUAUUAUAGAAUCAAUAUAUUUAUACCUGCUGGCAGCAACCCCAAGUGUUAAAGCGUAUUAGUCUCCCAUCAUGCAUCAUCUCUGAUCAUGCAAGGGUAAGACAGUGGUUUCAAUUCUUUUCAUACCAAAGUUAUCCUCAAACCACAUGGAAUGAUAAAUGCCUGAUUGCAGUACAAUUUCUAUUACUUUUUUUUAGCCAAGGCUAAAAUUCAAUAUUCAUAAAUGUACCCUUAUAUAAAGAUAAUGCCAGAUUUCUUUGUUUUUGUUACUGAUGAAAGGUCUUCUAGAGAAGCUUAAGAAACUUGUUUUUAGUGGGCAUUUUGCAUGUUUGUUAUGUUACCAUAGUAACAGUAGUAUUUCUGUGGUAACCCUGUUGUAAAUGAAGUUUCUUCUGUGCAUGAAUUUUAUCAUUGUUGAAAUAUCAAAAGUAUGUUAUGAUAAUGUACACAUACUUGAAUAAAUUCAAUGUUGAUUGA